AUGGCUGCAAUGCUUGAUUGCAUCAAAGCUUUUGUCAAGUCUGGCAAGCCACAUUACAGGCAAGAGACUUUAUCACAGCUCCAAUCUCAAUUCAUUCAAGCUUCUCAUCUCAACUGCAAAACAAAAGUGACUAAUAUACAAACAGAGUCUGGAAUCAAGGAUACCUACCAGAAGCAUUUUAUUGACAAGAAUUUCUGCUCAUACAAGCAUCUUCGGGGGUUCACAACCAAACAAGCGGCAUUAGACUCAAGCCUGGCUUUGCUCCCUGCAAAUAUUUUUAGUCCUGUCUGGCAUAUUAAAGGUUAG